GAAAUUUAGAUAUGAUUAACUUUGAUUAAAGCUAAAGCUUAUAAAUAAGAAAUCACGGUUAGGCACUGGGAAGAAGUAUUUGAAAUGUAAUCAUUAUUAUACAGGGAGUUUCAUAUCUGUGCUUUAACCUUAACCAUAACUUAGCAGUUGACCAAAUCAGAACAGAAGACGAUUUUCAAAUGGAAAAAGAAAGAGGCAGUAGGAAAUGCCUGUAUGUGGCCACGGCAUAUCUCAUUCUUCUGACUGGUCUCAGUGCAUACCUUACCUACAAAGUGUUUGCCCUCCAAGGUGAAAUCCAUUCCUGUGAACACCAGCAAAACGGUACUUCGGAAUUUGUUAGUCUACGUCAGGAAGGCCAUCAGGAAGUUCUGUCUCUGCUGAAAAAUACCACACUGGAGGCAUCUGCACUACGUAGAGACAUGGAGGAGCUGAAUACUUUGGUCAAAGGACAGGGAGGGAUAAGAUUGCUGCAAGAGCAGCUGAAUCUUGUCAAUAUCAGCACCAGGCUCCUGCAGAGCCAACUGGACAAUCUGAGUGUUAGACCAGGUGUACCUGGACCUAGAGGACCAAAAGGAGAUACUGGAGAAGCAGGUGCACGUGGUUCAAAAGGGGAGCAGGGUAUCAAAGGAAAUGCAGGCCUUCUGGGGAUUCCGGGCAUGAAGGGAGAGAAGGGGCUACAAGGAGAACAGGAGAUCCUAGAUAAGCAACUCUUGACACUGUUGAACAAUAGCAGACUAGAGGGAUCUUCUCUGCGUGGAGACAUACAGGACCUGCAGGUUCGCUUCACUGACCUAUGUGAAGGAUCAGGAGGGAUUAACUGGCUAAAACUCCAGUUAGGUAAUGUGAAUAUAAGCACCCAACUCCUGAAGAUCCGACUUGACAGUCUGAGCCUCAAAUCAGGUCCACCUGGACCCAUGGGACCCAAAGGAGUUCCUGGAGUUACAGGUGUCCGUGGUCCAAAGGGGGAUCAAGGUAUGAAAGGUUCUGAGGGACGUCAGGGGAUUCCAGGAAUCAAAGGGCAGAAUGGACAACAGGGAAACCAAGGCAUAAAAGGGGAUCGAGGUCUACAAGGGCUACGUGGAGAACCAGGGGCCAAAGGAGAGAAGGGAAUUAGUGGCACCAGUGGGGCCCGAGGUUUGCAAGGAGAGAAAGGAGUAAAAGGAGAAAAGGGAGAAACGGGACAGAGAGGACUGCCGGCAGCAAAUAUAAGAAUUGUCGGUGGAGGCUCCCAAGGACGAGUGGAGGUGUUUUACAAAGGCGAGUGGGGUACUAUUUGUGAUGAUAGCUUCGACAUCACAGAUGGAGGAGUAAUCUGUCGGAUGUUAGGCUACCAAAGAGCCGUCUCUGUGUCUACUGGGCCAGCAGGGUCUGGAAGAAUCUGGCUGGAUGAUUUGAACUGCACUGGUAGUGAAUCCUCAAUUUUUGACUGCAGGGGCACAACAACUCAUAACUGCUCCCAUAGUGAAGAUGCUGCCGUGUCAUGUGUCUAAUAUAUAAAUGUGUAUUAUAUAUGUAUUUGUAUGUAUGCAUGCAUGUUUGUAUGUGCAUAUAUACAUACAUAUACAUCAUAUUUUAAAUUGCUUCUUCAUACAUUUCAUUCCACUAUUAUUUUUUUGCUAGGCAUUCUAUACUGUUUUUUUAUGUCAGGUUUUUACUUUAGUAAAUUGCUCUAUUGCUUACAAAGCCACGUUUAAUGCCCCCUUUAAUGCCCCUGCUCAUUUAAUCAGUCACACGCUUUUUAGACAUUUUUUUGGUUGAGCUAUAUUUUUUGUAAUGCUUAAAAGAUUAAUCAGAUAUGACAUAUUUCCAUUGUGAGGAAUUAUUUAAAGAAAGAACUGUAAUGUUUAAAGUGAAUGCACCUUGAUCUAUUGAGUGAUAGUAUUCGUAAAGUGAUUCUAAAAAAAAAAUCAAUUUUUUUUUUUAUUGAUUUCAUAGGAUAAAUGAAGAAUUCACAUUAUAUUAUUAUAUGGCUGUCCUUUCCCCAAAAUUUUCAAUGGUGACAGCCAUAUAAAAGGGAACAUUUCAGCAAUAAAACCAUACAGUAUUUUAGGCUAGGAGGCCUGCCUUCAUUUCUCUGAGAGAAAAUUAGUGACACAAACCUGCAUAAUGGACAGAACAAACUGAAUGAUCUAGCAAACUAUUUAACCAUAAUCUAACUAAGAAUUAAGCCUAUUGCAUCCAUGAUUUUAGGAAACCUACAAUCACGUCAUGUGUAAACAUCACACAGUUAUUUCUGCACAUAAAAUGAAAAAAGUUCAAAUAUAUAUGUGUAAAGAGACAAUAUGGCUUUAUUAUUGUAGCUAUGACAACUAAUCUAUUGCAUUAAAGAGUAAAGAACCACCCACUGAUCCAAAAACAGAUUCUAAAAUGAAUAGUCAAAGGCAUAGAUUGUGGGUAGAUUUUCUUUUCCUGCAUUUCUGAAAAUGUUACUUAAACUGAAUUAAAUCUCCACCUUGCUUCAGGGAUUAUUUUAGAACAAUUUAGCCAUAGUUUUGAGUUAAUCUGGGACAACCUACUUCUAAGCUCUUUCAUUCUGGACUGUAAUGUUGCACAGGAUUUGCUUUUGGUUGAUUCAUUGAUAUCCACAGAAAAAAAUGUGAAAUCAGUUUUGGUCACAGUUCAGGGACUAAAGAGAAGCUACAGAUUAGCACAAUAUCAGCCUGUUUAUUCAGUCUAACUCAGGGACUGCCUAAUUUCAGUAUAUCUAAUUGAUUCAAGUCAGAGGCUACAUGGUUACUCAGCAUGUUUGCAAUUUGCUUCAUAAUUGUGUUAUAUAAGUGAACUUGCCUUGCCUUGGACUCAAUGCCUUAUGGCAGUUAAUCAGUAUCUGAAAUAAUGUUGCUCACCUUCAGUUUAAACUAUCCAAGUUAUUUUACCAAACAUAUAGGGUCACUAGAUUGUGACAAUGUUCUUACAACUAAUUAUCUAGUAUUUAGCAAUGUAGGAAUUGCGAAAAAUGCACCACUCCAGAAAAAUGCACUAGGUUUAGCAAUUUUUCCUGCUCAGUGGGGGUUAAGAUGGGUGCAACUAUUAUGCCAGAAUGCAUGUGAGCUCAGCAUUGUGAGAGCUGACUUGACAGUUAGUGCAGGACCAAAGGAGUCAUAUUUAUGUGUCCAGCAGCCUUACAGUAGCUCAGGAAAAACAAGUAAAAUACACUUUCAAUAACCUUCACUAUCUACCUAAAGAUAAGCUUUAUAUUCCUUGAUAAUGGUAAUAAUAUACAUUUAAUCAGGUGAAUUGCUUUUUAAAAACCCAUAUAAUUUUAUAUCAAUGAAAUUCCCCUCCUGCCUCAUAUAGAAUCACCAUCACAACUCUUCUUCUGCAAGCAUAAUACUGAGCUAAACAAUUUGAGCUCACAGUCAUUUCUGUUUAAUUAAAGGUUCCACAAAAAUCCAGAGCAUUACACUACUGAAAUGGGUGUAUGCAGAGCAAAAGAUUUUUGAAAAAAUUCCAUCCCUAACAUUUGACUUCAGGAAGUUCUGGAAGAUGGUAUCCAUUACAAUAGUGAGUGUUAUGUUAUGGUAGGUGGGUAGUGCAGUAUGGUAACUCAGUUAGUACCAUUGUGCCUUCAUUUUUGACCCCAAUAUUCUGUUUUGUCCUUGCAGUCCAAAGACAUGUUCUUUCAAUAAAUUUGCAUCUGGAAAUUGCA